GACGAAAAUGCUGGAAGAGAUUAGCUCUUCUUCUUCGGAGCCAGUUGAUGCGGUUAUCUUCGUUGGGAUUUCUUUGGUACUGGGAAUUGCUUGCAGACAUCUUCUUCGCGGUACCAGAGUCCCGUACACUGUUGCUUUGCUUAUCAUUGGCCUUGGUUCCGGCUCUCUCGGGAACAACAUUGAUCCUGACCUUCUAUUAGCUGUUUUUCUACCUGCUUUACUUUUCAAGAGUGCAUUUUAUAUGGAAGUGCACCAGAUAAAGAGGUGUAUGGCACAAAUGCUUCUGCUUGCUGGUCUUGGAGUUCUUAUUUCGACCUUCUGUCUUGGAUCUGCUUUGAAGCUUACUUUUCCAUAUGAGUGGAACUGGAAAACAUCACUGUUGCUUGGGGGACUUCUUAGUGCCACUGAUCCUGUUGCUGUUCUGGUCAAAGUCUCACUUGGAGCACAAAGAAAAAUGGGAGGAGUUGCAGAAGUUGAAUCUCCAAGAAAAUUUGGAAUGCCUUAG